AUGUCACCACAUUCAGAAACUCCACAAGAACUUUAUCCAUGUAUUGUAAAUGGUAAAGAUAUUACUACUGAUCCAUAUCCAGUUACAAGUCAUAAAGAUGAAUUACUUCAUCAUUUUGCAAGUAUAUCAUUAAAAGAUAAUUCAAUUGAUGAAUUAACUAAAAAUGCAAAAGAAGGUUUCCAUGAAUGGUCAUCAAAAUCAACUAAUGAAAAAAUCAAAAUUUUUGAAAAAGUUAAAGAAAAUAUUUUAGCUAAAAGAUCUGAAUUAUUUCAAGGUCAUUCAGAAAUUGGUGGACCAGAUUGGUUUGCAAAUUUUAAUGUUGAUGGUUGCUUAGGUCAACUUCAAGAAUAUGUUUCACAAUUAUCGAGAUCUCCAGGUCAAAUCGUUCAAAGUGGUCAUUCAGAUUUAGCAAUGACUUUUAAAGAACCUAUUGGUCCUGUUUUAUCUAUAAGUCCUUGGAAUGCUCCAGUCAUUUUAGCAGGUAGAUCAAUUAUUGCUCCAUUAGCUGCUGGUUGUUCAGUUAUUGUUAAAUCAAGUGAAAAAUCUCCAAAAACUGCUUAUUUAUUAGUUAAAUGUUUCUUAGAUGGUGGUAUUCCUCCAAAAGCUUUACAAUUAGUUCAUGUUAAACCAGAAGAAAAUCCAACUUUUAUUGAUCAAAUUUUAAAAACUGGUGCUAUUAAAAAAGUUAAUUUCACUGGUUCAACAUUAGUUGGUAAAAAAAUAGCUGAAGCUUGUGGUAAAAAUUUAAUUCCAUAUUUAUUAGAAUUAGGUGGUAAAAAUGUAUCAAUUGUUUUAAAUGAUGCUAAUUUACAAGCUGCUGCUGGUAAGAUUUUAUUUGGUGCUUGGGCUCAUAAAGGUCAAAUUUGUAUGAGUACUGAUAAAGUUUUCAUUGAUGAAUCAAUUUAUGAUGAAUUUAAGAAACAAUUGAUUGAAACUGCUGGUGGAUUCAGUCAAGAUAAAGAUCAUCAAAUUUGUCAAAGAGAUAUUAUUGGAAGAGAUAAAGUUAUUUCAUUAGUUGAAGAUGCUUUAGCUAAAGGUGCCAAUUUAGUAUUUGGUCAAUUUAAUAAAGAAGAUAUUUUAAGUUCAAAUAUAAUUCAACCAAUCAUUUUAGAAAAUGUUACUUCAAAAAUGGAUAUUAAUCAAAUCGAAACUUUUGGUCCAGUAUUUACAUUACAUAAAUUUAAAGAUGUUCAAGAAGUAGUUAGUGAAAUAAAUGAUCAUGAUUAUGGAUUAAAAGGUUCAGUUUGGUCAACAAAUAUCAUGAAAGCUUUAAAAGUUGCAAGAAAAUUAGAAAUUGGUGGUGUUCAUAUUAAUGCUCCAACUAUUCAUGAUGAACCAACUGUGCCUCAUGGUGGUGUUAAAUCAAGUGGUUUAGGUAGAUUCAACAGUCAUUGGGGUAUGGAUGAAUUUAUGAUUACUAAAACUAUUACAAUUAAUGAAUAG